CGCUGCGGCGGGCAGAGCGGGCGGCUCGGCUCGGCCCCCCCCCCGGUUCCCCCCCACUCCCCGGUUCUUCCCCUGCCCCUCCGGUCCCUCCCGGUGCCCGGAGGCGAGGCUGGGGGCCGCGGCAUCCCCGGCCAUGCCCCCCCGGUGCCUGAGGCCCGCGGCCGCUCGCAGCAUGCGGAGGAUCCGGCGGCUGGUGCACCUGGUGCUGUUCUGCCCCCUCUCCCAGGGCCUGCAGAGUCGCCUCCCGGGCAUCAAGGUGAAAUACCUGCUGGUGGUGUGGCUGGGCAUCUUCGUGGGCAGCUGGGUGGCCUACAUGCACUACUCGUCCUACUCCGAGCUCUGCCGCGGCCACGUCUGCCGGAUGAUCAUUUGCGACCAGUACAAGAAGGGCAUCAUUUCUGGCUCCACCUGCAAAGACCUGUGCGAGGAGCACAGCCUCCUCUUCCAGCACUGCCUCUCCUCGUCUCCCACCCAGCAGGUGUACAGCGGGCUCUGGAAGGAGAAGGAGGUGAUCAUCAAAUGUGGCAUUGAAGAGGCCCUGAAGGCAGACAGCAACCCGGCCUCGGUGCCCAGGAGGGAUGUGGUUCUCUUUGACAAACCCACUCGGGGCACGUCGAUGGAUGAGUUUAAAGAAAUGCUCCUGAACUUCCUGAAGUCCAACCUAGGAGACCAGCCUUCUCUGGCAGCCUUGGUGAGCCAGAUCAUCACCAUGGCCGACGUGAACCGGGACGGGAAGGUGUCUUUGGCAGAGGCCAAGUCCAUCUGGGCGCUGCUGCAGCUCAACGAGUUUCUUCUCCUGCUCUCCUUGCACGAGAAAGAGCACACCUCCAAGCUGCUGGGGCACUGCGGGGACCUCUACGUCACGGAGAAGAUCCCUCACAGCUCCCUGUACGGGACGGACGUGCCGCCCUUCCUGCAGCCGCUGCUGCCCGCGGCCGUGCAGCGCGUCAUCCACCAGUGGGUCGCUCCAGCCUGGCCCCGGCGCGCCAAGAUCGCCAUCGGGCUCCUGGAGUUCGUGGAGGAGAUCUUCCACGGGACCUACGGGAACUUCUACAUCUGCGAGACCAGCUUCAGGAACGUGGGCUACAACGACAAGUACGACUUCAAGAUGGUCAACCUGGGGAAGGUGGCAACGGAGAUGGCCAUCAGGGGCUUCCUCAAGGGACGCCACUGCGAGCAGAACGUGGACUGCACCUACGGGAAGGACUGUACGGCCACCUGCGACAAGCUGAUGAAGCAGUGCAAGGGCGACGUGGUGCAGCCCAACCUGGCCAAGGUGUGCGGGCUGCUGCAGGACUACCUGCUGUACGGAGCCCCGCCGGAGCUGAAGGACGAGCUGCAGAAGCAGCUCCGAACUUGCAUGACCCUCAGCGGCCUGGCCAGCCAGAUGGAGGUGCACCACUCCCUCGUGCUGAACAACCUCAAGACCUUGCUUUGGAAGAAGAUUUCCAACACCAAAUAUUCCUAACGGGUGUGGGAGGGGGAAGCACAGCCCUGGAAUUUAGAAUCUGAAAUCUCAAAGUCCAGCCAAGGGUCGAGGGCCUGCUUCUCCAUCCUCUCUGCCCCGCAGGAAAAAAGCCGCGCUCUCCGCGGGGAGCUCAGCGUAGCUGCAGCCCCGUCACCUUCAUGGAAAGCCAAACGUCCUGACUUCCACCACCCAGCACAACCAUUGAGCCAGUCUGCAAGAGCAUGCUGCGGAGCUGGGGGGACCAGGAGCUGGGCCACAGGAGCUGGGCUGAGGAAUGGGCUCGGGGGAAGACGGCACAGGAGGAGAGAAGGGAGCGGAGCCCAGCUGGGGGCCUCUAACUGUUCCUUGAUUAACAGGAAAGCAGCGCAGAAAGACAAGAAUGAAUCAUUCAUGCUGUACUUGUCGCAUCUUAUUUUGAUGAACAUCUCUGAUGUAAAUAAAUAGCUUUUAUGUGAAUCACGCCAGUACAUCAAUGGUGAAACAGCGGCCUUCUGAGCACCAGCUUGCUUGCGAGCUAAAAAGGCGAAAAAGGUAGAUUUUCCUAUUCAGAAGUAUCUCCCUAAGUAUCUGAGUCAGCUACCAUGAGAUCCAGCUGCAACUUAGGAAGCGGAUAAGCUGUCUUUUCCACGGCAGAGAACCCUGGCAAUUGUUUCACUGCUUUUUUAAGUGCCUGACCCCAUGACGGUGAUGCAAUGGCUUGCGGGAGGCUCUCCACCCAGCUGCUUCUGCCUGUAGUCCGAAAGUGGCUGCCGGGAAGCCCAGGCCAUUCCCCGGCGUGCCAGGGUUUGGAGCAUGUAAGGCCAGGACAGCUUAAAGGAAAGGUAAGGGCUACCCCAUGCUCGGUUUGGACCAGCUAUCACACAUUUGUCCUUCGUUACUGCCCACCAGCCUCAGCCACCUAUGCAAGGAUGAGGCAACCUUUCCGUUUAAUCCUCUAAGCCGGGCUUGCGCUGCUGAGGUUAAAGAUUAAUACCAGAAUAAUCCAGUGCUUCUCCCAUUAGCAAAAUGAAUUUCCAGAGAACCGCUUCAGCAGCGAACAUUUGUUUGUCUGUGCAAAUAGUACCAGGGCUCCCAGCCACGGGCUGUUUCCUUUUAAACGCUCAGCCUUUUAAAAUUACGGGUAGAGAGGAAGAGUUUCUGCAAGCCACCCCGAGCCCGCUCUGCUCCCAGGACAAUCGUAUCGCUGCCGGUGGAGCACAUAUGCUGGCGCUCUCGCCAACAAUUGCUUAGUGAAGUGGAGCGUAUAUCUGAAGUACAAUCAUCGAGGGAAAAAAA